UUUUACUCUCCCUCGCGCCGCCUCGCCUCGCCUCUCCUCUCCUCGCCCCCUCCGGCCCUCCCCCUCCCCUCCCCUCCCCUCCUGCGGUGCGGCGGCCGCCUGCGAUCCCCGGUCGACCAGCCAGACGCAGCUUUCCCUUCUCUCGGACUCUCUCCUCGCUUGCUCUUCCUUCCCCGGCGGCGACGACUGGGCGAGCGGCGGCGCCAUUUGUUCUGUCUUCGCCCAGCCCUUCGCCGGCGAUGAGCGCAUCCUCCAGGUUCAGAUUCUGCCCACCGAUGUUUCCUGGAUCAUUCAAGUGCCCUUACAACUAGACUGUUCUAGUUUAGCCUGUAUAUAGCUGAUCAAAGAGUAGCAACAAUGGCAUCGCUUCAAUUGUUGCAACUGACAGAGCGCGGGCGCAACCUUUUGUCUUCAAGAAGGAGAACACUUGCAGUUGUUUCUGGAGCACUAAUUGCAGGUGGAACUUUAGCAUAUACCCAGUCAGGCCGAUGGAAAAGGCAACAGAAAGAAAAUUCUUGCACCAAUGGAAAUGCUCAUACCAAACACAGAAUUGGUCAUGAUGGUACUGAAGGUAAAUUGGUUAAAACAAGGAAAAAGAAAAGUGGACUCAAGUCCUUACAUUUUCUAGCUGCCAUCUUACUUAAGAAGAUUGGCCCAAAUGGAUCAAAUUACCUUCUUGGCUUGAUUAUAACAGCAGUCUUGCGUACAGCUGUAGGCCACAGAUUAGCAAAAGUACAAGGGUAUUUGUUCAGAGCUGCUUUCCUUCGGCGUGUUCCAACCUUCACACGUCUGAUUAUUGAAAACCUUCUUCUAUGCUUUCUCCAAUCCACAAUAUACCAGACGUCAAAGUACUUGACAGGGUCCUUAGGCUUGCGCUUCAAGAAAAUUUUGACAGAUCUUGUCCAUGCUGAUUAUUUUGAGAACAUGGUAUACUACAAGAUCUCACAUGUUGAUCAUAGGAUCUCAAACCCAGAGCAAAGAAUUGCAAGUGACAUACCAAAGUUCUGCUCAGAACUAAGUGACCUUGUACAAGAUGAUCUGGCUGCAAUUGCAGAAGGAUUAAUAUAUAUCUGGCGUCUCUGCUCUUAUGCAAGUCCGAAAUAUGUAUUGUGGAUUCUGGCAUAUGUUAUAGGUGCUGGUGGUACGAUUAGAAAAUUUUCUCCUGCUUUUGGUAAGUUGAAGUCUACGGAACAACAGCUAGAGGGGGAAUAUCGCCAGGUCCAUUCACGAUUGAGAACCCACGCUGAGAGUGUGGCAUUUUAUGGUGGUGAAAGCAGAGAAGCAUCACAUAUUAUGCAGCGGUUCGGGGCACUUGUUAAGCACUUGAAUGUUGUUCUUCAUGAAAACUGGUGGUUUGGCAUGAUUCAAGAUUUUCUUCUGAAGUAUCUUGGUGCCACCGUGGGAGUUAUCCUAAUUAUUGAACCUUUCUUUGCGGGGAAUCUUAGACCCGAAUCAUCCACCUUAGGACGGGCAGAGAUGUUGAGCAAUCUCCGAUAUCACACCAGUGUGAUAAUAUCAUUAUUUCAGUCUCUUGGGACCCUUUCUAUCAGUUCAAGGCGCUUAAAUAUUCUCAGUGGCUAUGCUAAUCGUAUUCAUGAAUUACUGGAUGUCUCACGUGAGCUAUCUGGUGUUCGUGAUAGAUUGUUGAGUCAAAAUUCAUCUGUUGGAAAUUAUAUCAGCGAGGCAAAUUAUAUAGAGUUCUCAGGUGUUAAGGUGGUGACACCCUCUGGGAACGUCUUGGUUGAUGAUUUGACGCUCCGGUUGGAGUCAGGCUCUAAUCUAUUGAUCACUGGCCCCAAUGGUAGUGGAAAAAGCUCUCUAUUCCGUGUUCUUGGUGGUCUGUGGCCGCUGGUAUCUGGUCAUAUAGUCAAACCCGGUGUUGGUUCUAAUCUCAACAAGGAAAUAUUCUAUGUGCCCCAGAGACCAUAUACAGCUGUUGGAACACUUCGUGACCAGUUAAUCUAUCCACUCACCGCAGACCAGGAAACUGAACCACUCAGCUAUAGUGGCAUGGUGGAUCUACUAAAGAAUGUUGAUCUAGAGUACUUGCUAGAACGCUACCCCCUUGAUAAGGAAGUUAACUGGGGUGAUGAAUUGUCUCUUGGCGAGCAGCAAAGAUUAGGAAUGGCUAGACUGUUCUAUCACAAGCCCAAGUUUGCUAUCCUGGACGAAUGCACUAGUGCUGUGACAAUAGAUAUGGAAGAACGCUUCUGCAAACGGGUUCGAGCAAUGGGCACAUCAUGCAUAACAAUAUCUCACCGUCCAGCAUUAGUUGCAUUUCAUGAAAUCGUUUUGUCCUUGGAUGGUGAAGGAGGGUGGAAUGUUCAAGACAACAGAAAUGGUUCUUCCUUCUCUCCUGUAGUAGAAUUUGAUGUGUUGAAGUCAUCAGAAACUGACCGCAAAUCUGAUGCCCGUACUGUUCAAAGAGCUUUUGUCACGAACACAAAGGGCAAUGCAUCAUCAAAGCUCAAGCAGUCCUAUUCAACAGAGGUCAUAACAUCUUCCCCUAGUAUGGAGAUAGAACAUACAGUACAAGCACCUAUCGUCACACAAUUGCAAUGCUCUCCAAGACCUUUGCCUGCCAGAGUUGCUGCAAUGUCUCAAAUACUGGUUCCAAAGCUGUUUGAUAAACAAGGAGGGCAGCUUCUUGCAGUGGCACUACUUGUAUUUUCCCGCACUUGGAUUUCAGACCGUAUAGCUUCACUGAAUGGAACAAGUGUCAAGUAUGUCUUGGAGCAGGACAAAGCUGCCUUCAUUCGUUUGACUGGAAUCAGUGUGCUGCAAAGUGCUGCAAAUUCUAUUGUAUCACCCUCACUAAGAAAUCUUACUUCAAGAAUUGCCCUUGGAUGGAGGAUUCGCAUGACCAACCAUCUACUUCAAUAUUAUUUGAAAAGAAAUGCUUUUUACAAGGUAUUCAACAUUUCGGGCAUGAAUGUUGAUGCAGACCAAAGAUUAACACAUGAUGUAGAGAAGUGGACCAAUGAUCUUGCUGGCUUGGUUACUGGAAUGGUGAAGCCACUAGUUGACAUUCUUUGGUUUACAUGGAGAAUGAAGAUAUUGUCUGGGCGAAGAGGAGUUGCUAUACUGUAUGCUUACAUGUUCCUAGGUCUUGGUUUUCUAAGAGCUGUGUCCCCUGACUUCGGUGAUCUUGCAAACCAAGAACAAGAACUUGAAGGCACAUUCAGAUUCAUGCACUCAAGACUGCGGACACAUGCUGAGUCAAUAGCUUUCUUUGGUGGUGGAUCAAGGGAAAAAGCUAUGAUUGAAGCUAAAUUCUCAACAUGGCUCAACCACUCGAAGGUUCUAUUGAGGAAAAAGUGGCUUUAUGGUAUUUUUGAUGAUUUUGUGACGAAACAAUUACCUCAUAAUGUGACGUGGGGACUGAGUUUGUUAUAUGCUUUGGAGCACAAGGGAGACCGAGCUUUGACUUCAACACAAGGAGAGCUGGCACAUGCCCUGCGGUUCUUGGCAUCUGUGGUGUCACAAAGCUUCAUAGCAUUUGGUGAUAUCCUUGAAUUACACAAGAAGUUCCUUGAACUUUCUGGUGGUAUUAAUAGAAUAUUUGAGCUUGAGGAGCUUCUUCAGGCAGCACAAAGCAAUCCCGCUGUGCCUUCUAAUGCUAUAAAUGUCGCCUCUGAAGAAAUCAUCUCCUUCCAUAACGUGGAUAUUGUCACGCCGUCACAGAAGCUAUUGGCUAUCCAAUUAUCUUGUGAUGUAUCUCAAGGGAAAAGCCUUCUUGUGACUGGUCCAAAUGGUAGUGGAAAGAGUUCUAUUUUUAGGGUGCUCCGAGGUUUGUGGCCCAUUGCUUCUGGUAGACUUACCAAGCCAUCUGAAGGAAUUUUCAAUGUACCUCAGCGUCCAUAUACUUGUCUUGGAACCUUGAGGGAUCAGAUCAUAUACCCCCUCUCGCGUGAGGAGGCAGAGUUGAAGAUGAUUUCACAUGAAAGAAGUGACAAGUCUACGGCUUCCAAGAUGUUGGAUGAUCACUUGAAGACGAUUCUAGAGAAUGUCCGUUUGGUGUAUCUUCUAGAAAGGGAAGGUUGGGAUGCUACUCCUAACUGGGAAGAUAUCCUGUCCUUGGGAGAACAGCAGAGGCUGGGGAUGGCUCGUUUAUUCUUUCACUGUCCUAAAUAUGGCAUCCUUGACGAGUGCACCAAUGCCACAAGUGUGGAUGUCGAGGAGCAUUUGUACAGGAUAGCAACCAACAUUGGCAUAACAGUCAUCACGUCCUCGCAAAGGCCUGCUCUGAUUCCCUUCCAUUCGUUGGAACUGAAACUCAUCGAUGGAGAAGGGAAGUGGGAGCUAUGUGCCAUCCACCAAUAACCGCUGCCGUCAACUGACUUUAAUCUAUAGUUUGUUACCUGUGAAUUGUACAAAGCUGUUGUCGUCAUUCGCUGCUUCAUUGGUGGCAGUCAUUAGAAGCCAGGAAGGCAAUUGCAAGGAUGCACGCAGAGUGUGUGAUGGAGCCUUCCCUUGCGUUGAAGAUUUCAUUUUUGGUUCUCUUUAUGAAAUUUUGAAAUACGGAACGGAAGAAAUAUACAUUCGUGUCCAAUGGGAUAGCAUAGUACUGGUGCAUAUAGUAUGUCGAUAGGCGGCCAGAUUGUUGAUUUUUAUACGACAAUAAGUUGGUGUGGUGGCCAACAGAAUGAAUGGAUUGGUGCCGUGUAGAAAUCAUUAUUAGUAUUUGUAUCAAAACAAAAUUGAUAGGGGCACGAAGUGUGCCUUGUUUGUAAAUGACAACUGAUGAUUUAUAGAAAAAACAUCAUCUUUUCUUU